UUAUUUUAAAAAGAAUCAAUUCUCUCACGGCAGCUACUUUCACACAUUAACAUGUGGGAGGAACUACAUCCGGUUCUACAGUGGAAUCUUGCAUGAAUUUGCACUGUUUUAAAGCGUGAAGAGGUCGUGGGACAAAGGGAACAGAAUAUGCCUUUCCUCCACGGCUUCAGGAGGAUUGUGUACGAGUACCAGCCGCUGGUGGAUGCUGUGAUGUGCGUCCUGGGAACAGAAGGAGGAGAAAACCAGCGCAGGCGAGAUGAUGAAGAAAGCAUCUCACGGGCUCUUGCUGAGCUUCUGGAUAGAGAGUCCCAGUCUCCCGUCUUCACGCAGGGAAUCAGUUACUCCUUGUUUAGAGUGGCUGAUCUGGGGUUGGUCAGCGCAGCAAAGGUGCUCUUACGUUACGGAGCUGAUCUCAACUUUGAAGACCCUGUGUCGUACUACAACCCCUUACACAUCGCAGUGUUGAGGAACAAGCCAGACAUGGUGCAGAUGUUGAUUACUCACGGAGCUGAAAUCGACAAGAGGGACAGGAUUCAUGAAAGCAGCCCUCUUGACCUGGCCAGCGAGGAGGCGGAUAAGCUGCCGUGUUUGCGUGUGCUUUUGGACUUGGGUGCUGAUGUGAAUGCCAAAGACAAGAAUGGGAAAACUGCUCUGCUUCAUGCUCUGGCCAGCAGUGAUGGACUCACAGUCAAUAAUGUGGACAAUAUAGAGAUGCUUCUGCAAAGAGGUGCAGAUGUGAACGCCACCACUCAUGACGGCGAGACCCCCAUGUCCUCUCUGAUCUUCCUGGUGAAGGAGGCUCUGGACAGCAGCACGGAGGAUGCGAAGGAGAUCGGGCAUUUCUGUACCCGCGUGGCACAUCUUCUGAUCAGCCACGGUGCCGAUCCCAGCUGCUGCCUGAACGCCGCCGACGGGGAAGAGUGGGAACAUUCACUAACCUACACGAUUCUGGAGAACUUCGACUUGCUAUUUCCCCUGACCGCCCUUCUACUCCAGCACGGCGCUUCCUUCGUCUGCUCUCACCACAGCGCCUCCUACUGGACGGGUCAACAGUUGAUAUUCACGCGUCUCGCCGAAGCUCUCCGUGAGCCUUUAGAUGCCGCAGAGGUGGCUGAUGUUUUAGCCAAAGCUGAAGUGCUGUUGGAUCUGGCCAGGAUCUGCUCUCCAGUCGUUCCUCCUCUCUUUCCCCGCUCACAACUGCCCGUUCUGGACCAGAUCUCUACCCAUCAGCCCCUGCUGGAGCUCUACAGCAAACUAGAGGACCAAGAGAGCCGGCCGCUGCCACUGAGAUGCCUUUGCAGGAGACUGAUCCGCCGCUGUCUGCAGCCCUGGCCCUUUGAGGAGAAGGUGAAAGCCCUGCCACUGCCGGACAGACUGAAGGAGCUGCUGCUCCCGGAGAACAGCUGGACCAACAGACCCGGCUGGGACAGUUUCAAACCUCGACGUUCUCCGCGCUGAGAGACGGAUCAACACGGACUGUGUGUGUGGCUGUAAAUAUGGACCCUUAAAUGACCUCUGCAUUCAGAUAAAAGUGAUGCAGUGCUUGUUUCAUCUGAUCAGCAUGCAGAAAUAUCAUUUGUCUGUUGAUCUGAGAGUGGAAACUAACACAAAUAUGUAUAUAAGUGUUAUAAGUGUCAUUCAAUUGUGCCAAAAUGCCAGUAACCUCACUGUAUUACACAUUACCAGGCAAUUUUCUUUCAUUAUGAAAAGUGAUAAUUGUUUACAGUUGAAUCUUUAAUAUUAUGUGGCAUUACUGCCGUAUGUGCUUUGUAUUUCUGUGUGUCUAUUUUGAAGCUGAUUUGUAAGUGAUUCGGAGUUGCUAAUUGCAAUCGGUCUCCAUUUUUCACAUUAUCAUUUUUAUGGUAUACUUAAUGUGCCUUAACAAGAUCAACGUUGUUGCUGGAGUGUUGAAGAAAUGUUUGACUUGCAUUGCAAUGUAGUUUGAAGCUGUUUUGUCUUGUUGUAUGUCUUUAUGAGGCUGUAAGUUGAUGUCAUCUUGAUUUUGAAGUAUCAAACCACACUUAAAGGAAUUAAAUACUUUUGGAUCUCAAAAUAA